UCUGCAGAUUCCAUGUUAUUGAUUUGAAUUAGGAUGAAUAGAGAAUCCCAUGGUGAUACCAUUCUCAACGGUCAGCUCAGCUCAGCUCAAUGGGAGUUCGAUCGCGCAGCUCCGCUUCCGACACCACCACACGGCUGAAGAGAGAAGAUUUCCGCCGCACCAAACACGACUCUGCUUUCUCCCAUUGGAAGAUUCUAAUAGGAGCUUUCGAUUGGGAAGACCAUUCGAUGGGAAAAGAAGGAGUAGAAAGGUACAGGACGCAAAACCUCCCUAACUGGACUUCAUGUCCAGGAGUUUAUGAGCUCGGGGUUGCACAAUCUGGAAAAGAAACCAGAAAACUGGACUCAGCUUCUGUCAUUCCCGUAUAUCUUGGACAGGCCGAUAAUCUUAGGAUCAGACUGCAGCAGUAUGGCCGUAAUGGUGCCCAUUUGGAAAAUGGUUGUUCAACUAGCAAGACUGUUGAUUGCCAAAGUGUUUUUGCUCAUAAGGGACUCGGAUUGUUUACAGAUAUAUUCUCAAGAGGGCUGCCAAUCGUAUAUAGAUGUGCUCCUAUGAAAAGUAAGAAGGAAGCCGAGAUAACUGAGAAACAGCUGCUUGACAGAUUUGAUUAUGCAUGGAACAAAGGCAGCAAUGUUUCACGCCGCCAAGAUGAUAUCUACAAAAAACUUGAACUCCUUGAAAGCGCAUCCAAGUUUUCUCUUCUUGCUAAAAAGUCUCUGUUCUCCAAGCAGAGGGAAGUGGGCAUUAAAAUCGGAAACGGCUCUAACACGGGUAAUAGUUCAAUAUUCUCGAGAAUACUUGGAGUUAGGAGGUUGCAGGCAAGACCGGUACAAUCUGAUUGUGGCGAGUUUGGUGAUAAUAUUUGUGGAGUUGCCACUGGUCACGGAUCUGUUUGCACUUCAUCACCAGUUGCAGGAAGAAAACGAUGUGCUGUGCACAAAGGGCCGAGAAUCAGCGGAUAUAGUUUAAAGUUGGAUACAAAAGUAAGAGUUCCUCCUAAUGCAGCCAGCCUGAAAUCUAGUGUAGAAACUGAUCAAGAGUGUAACGAUUUUCAAGAUCAGACACGGAGAUAUAUCACAGAGAACCGUCAUCCUUGUGAGAAAGCCACUAGCAAAAAGGUUAACCUCACUUGUGGAUUUAUUUUGGAAGAUGGUUCUCCUUGUAAAAGAUGCCCUGUUCAAGGAAAUAAAAGGUGUUUGGAGCAUAAAGGAAGGAGGAUCCGCAGAUCCAAACUAAGCUCGUAGACGAAGAACUAUGGAAACGUUGCUUAGUUAUCAGCCGACUGAGCUAACCAACGUAAUUCUUCAACUCCUAAGCUCUGAUAGACAGCUGAUUGUUGGCAAGAUUGACUACAUCUAGAUAUGAAGAUGUGAACGAAGAUGUGAAGUUGAAGGAAGGUUACGUGCGAUUGCCCGUGUAUUUACUGAAGAUGAUCAUACAAGCUGUAGCUGCAUAGUUAAUAAUUGAUCAAACACUUAGAUCGGCUUCAUUUUGUGCGAAAUUGCGCGUUGACGAGGGCGGAGGAUGAAGGUGUUGUCUUGUAUGAUGAGCAAAUUCCAGAAUGUUGUAUAUAAUUGGAACAAAUUUGUUGUAAACUUGUAACAAUAAUAAAAAGAGCAAGUCAUGUAUGAA